AUGCCUAUGCCACGCACACUGCCAUUUGGUGAAGAUGGCUUCUAUGACGGAGAAUUCGACGAGGACGAACUGGACUAUGAGAGACAAGAUCGUCGAACUGUCAACAACUUUGAUUUUCCUACGGAGCAACGCCGCGUCCAGACCAACAACUCAAAAGCCAGAAAAGAGGUCACAUUCGACGCGCAGAUCGACGCUGAUGCCGCCAGCCAGUUGCAAACAGAGCACCGCCAGGCAGGGAGAUCAACAAACCGCACAACCCGAUCUAGGAGCCCGAGCAAGCGGACGUCGGAAGAUGCUCUUCGCUCAGCUCAGAGAAACACAACCAGACGCCCUUCACCUGCCCCUUCGAGACAGAACCCAGAAGGACACGGACAGGCAUCGUUUGGAUAUCCUGGAACCGCAGACUUGACCCCACCCGAGAAUCUGACGCCACAAGAGAGGAAAGACAACAACCUUGACGCCAGUGUCAUGUCCACGCUGGCUGGAAUUCGCAAACGCAUUGACAAAUUCUGCGAGGACGUGUUUCGUAAGGACCUUUUGCUGAAGGACAUUACAGAGUCUAAGCUCAAGAAAUGGCUGGCCGACAUCGAUCAGCGCAGCGAGUUGGAGUUCAAAAGCUUCUGCAGGGCCGUCGCCGAAGGCGGUGGAGGUGCGGAAACAUGGCAAGAAGUUGUCGCAAACGGAGAAUGUCGGUUUGGGCUUAGCUACGGCAUUAUCCACAGGGUGCUGGUACGACAUGUCUUUUGCAGCCUCUUGUUCGGUGCGCCUCCAGAUUUGUUGGUCAAGCUGGAGCAGUUGGAACACGACCAGGAAAACGAAGACGGGUUCAUCAGGGAGCAACAUCGCGCCGAGCAUAUAACGUCUUACGAGAUUCAGUACAGGAUGGAUCUGAACGAGAGCGAAGAGCGAAAGCGCGCCACCCUCAAGACGGCGAUGCAAAUCUGGUUGCUGCUUGAACCACUUUACCAACUCGACUCAAGGAACAAAGACUCUGAUGGAAAGAUCAACGAGUUGCAGCAAGUCUUGAUCACAAUCGUAGCAACAGCUGCACGGCUUGCAACUCUGAUGAGAAAAAGCGGCAAGACAGUCCUCUAUCAGUUCGGCAACGUCUUCAAAGAGGAGCUGAUCGAGCUUAAGACGAUGAAUGUUCUCAACAUCGAGCAGUUGAAAGCAGAACGCGACAAGAGCGAGGCCGCUGGUCAGGUGUUGAUCAGAAUGGUAUGUGGAGACCCUUUGCACGCGUUCAGGAAGGGCGGUGGUGUCAUGGCGGAGAGGAUACUGGAGAGGGAAGAAAAGGAGCAAGACAUGAGCGUUGCUCCAGAGCUGCGACAUAUGCCACGGAACCAGUACCGCGGGCGCCUGAUCACCGCACAGGACGGUUAUAGAGCAAAGUUCUUGGCCAAGGCGCAGGUAGUCGGACGGUGGCAGCAGAUUGGCCGCGACAACGAGGCAAAAGGGCUGAUGGAGGCGAUCCGUGCUCUGCAAGAUGGGACUUGUAUGGUGCAGUAA